CGCCAAGACGAUGACAACUCCAGUCCCGACGACGAUUACGUACGAAGAUGUCGCGCGGUUGCCGACCCCCGGCAGCAACGCCCCCACGAACCUCCAGUUCUCCCCGAAUGGUCGCUUGCUUGCGUUUCUCCACAGCUCCAGCAAUGAACUGUCGCAGGAGUUGUACGGGAUGGACAUCGAGUCCAAGCAAGUGACGCUCGUCGCGCGUCCCCCCGGCAGCGGCAACACGGAAAACAACAUGUCCCUGGAAGAAAAGUUGCGCCGUGAACGACAACGUCAAAUGGGUGUCGGUAUCACUUCGUACUUGUGGUGCCCUGCGCAGCAGUCGACUCGCAUCUUGUACCCGCUCCAUGGCAACUUGUACCUGCAAGAAUAUCCGGGAGCUGAACUCGUGCUCUUGUUUGACAAAGCAUCCACGGGUGCAAAGGGUGGUGUGAUCGAUCCGCAAUACUCGCCCGAUGGCCGUCACAUUGCGUUUGUCCAAGAGAAUGAAAUUUACGUCAUCGCCGCGGACCCACUUCCUGGAGGCGCGACCCAGCAAGCGACACAAAUUACUUUUGGAGCGCGCGAAGCCGGCAAGAGCCACGGGCUGGCGUGCUUUGUGACCCAAGAAGAACUGUCCCGCUUCCGAGGAUUCUGGUGGUCCCCAGACUCGUCUCGCAUCGCGUUCGAAGAAAUCGACGACACGCACAUCCCUGAAUUCCGCAUUAUGCAUUCGGGCAGUGCCGAGUUGGGUGAAAAUGCGCAAGAAGACCAUCGCUACCCCUUUGCCGGUGAAGCCAACCCACGCCGCCGUCUUGCGGUGCAAAAUGUGAACCUCACGCAGCGCGAGACACCCGUGUUCGUAAACUUCACGGAGGAAGAUUUCUACAUCAGCCGCGUCCACUGGUUUGUCGAUGGCACGUUGGGCAUUGAAACAUUGAACCGCCUGCAAACGGAAGUCGCGCUCUUGCGAUGGAGCCCUGCGACCGAAACCCUUGUCGAACUCAUCCACGAAACGUCCGCGAUCUGGCACAACGUGCACUACUUGUACCGCAACCUAGAAUCCCGCCCGGACGGUACGUUCACGUUUAUCUGGGCUUCCGAACGCACGGGCUUCAUGCACUUGUACUUGUACGAGUUUGCGAACGGCGCCGCGACCCUGGUGCGGCCGUUGACUCACGGCGAAGGCAACGUCGAAUCGAUCGACGGCAUCGACUUGGAACGCGACGUGCUCUACUUUAGCGGAAACUUGACGUCCCCGAUUGAGCGCCAUUUGUUCCAGACGUCCCUGUCGAUCCCGAACGCUCCCAUCACGCAAGUCACCACCACCCCCGGCAUCCACAACGUCGUCCUUGACAGCUCGGCCUCGAUUUUUGUUGAUGUGUUUCACAACUUGACCACUCCCCCCACGGCCGUCGUGUACAAACUGGCGUCGCCGGCUCCCGUCGCCGUGCAUACUUUGCAUGUGACGUCGGACCCGCGCUUGACGCAGCUCCAGGACCGCAUCGAAGCCCCCUCCACGUUCUCCUUCACGUCGCGGGACGGCACGACCACUCUGUACGGCGCUUUGUACAAGCCAGACCCGGCGAAGUUCGGCCCGGGACCUUACCCGACCAUGGUCAACGUGUACGGUGGACCGCACGUGAUGCGCGUGCAGAACGCGUGGAGCGUGACUGUAGACAUGCGCAGCCAACUCUUCCGCAACAUGGGGUACGCCGUGCUCAAGGUGGACAACCGUGGGUCGUUCCGCCGUGGAUUGGCUUUUGAAGGCGCGAUCAAGCACGCCAUGGGCACGAUUGAAAUUUCGGACCAAGAAGACGGUGUCCAUAAGCUCAUUGCGGACGGCGUUACGAUCGCCGACCGCGUCGGCAUGAUUGGGUGGAGUUACGGCGGGUACAUGAGUGCGAUCUCGCUCGUCAAGGCGCCGAAAACAUUCAAGCUCGGCGUGGCUGGUGCCCCCGUCACGUCGUGGGACGGCUACGACACGUGCUACACGGAGCGGUACAUGUCGACUCCGCAAUUGAACCCCGAAGGCUACGCUCGCGGCAACAUCAUGAACUUUGUCCAGCAUUUGCAGCCCCACCAAAAGCUGCUCCUGAUCCACGGUCUCAUCGAUGAAAACGUGCACUUCCGUCACACGGCUCGGUUGAUCAACGCGCUGAUCGCGGCCCGAAAGCACUACGACCUGAUCUUGUUCCCCAAGGAGCGCCACUCGCCGCGCCACUUGGAGGACCGGAUUUACAUGGAGCAGCGCAUUGCAGAAUAUGUCGUCGCCAACUUGUAAGGGAUUCAACGAUAAAAACAUGUCAUUUCGUCGGUCGGCAUGUUGGAAAUCUUUGGAAAAAUCAAGCUUUGCGCAAUUCACUGUCAAUAUGGUAUUUGGAUUUUCAUUUUUUCCUUUCGUUGAAUCAUGA